AUGUUCAGUAAUUCCGUUGUUGGGCUUGCAUUGCUGCUGCGAGUAGCCCCUUCCGUGGCAACUCCAGCCUCGAAUAUCUCGCCCCGAGAUAUCGUUGGCACCGCUACUAUCAGUCUUGCCAUGCCAUCCAACACACCAAGCCAUCUCGCUUCCGGCUUCAUCUACGGGCUACCAGACAGUGCCGAUGGAUCUGCCAAUUUCAGUAUUCCUGAUCCAUUAGUCAAGGGUAUGGGCUUCAAUUACAAUCGUGCGGGUGGUGCCCAGAUUACUAGCCUCGGCUGGAUUGCUGGCGAAUUCGAGGGACGGUUCCUGUCUGCAUUGUCCAACUACCGCACGACCCGGACCUAUGGGGGUCCAUUCCAACUACUUGUGCAUGACCUAUGGGGUGCGGAUGGCCUCCAGGGAAGCGAUGCUGUAUGGCCAGGCGACGAUGGAGAUUGGACCAACUUUGACGCCUUUCUAGACACACUCAUCUCGGAAAUCAUUGCCAAUGAUAUGAUGGAAGGGCUCGAGAUUGAUAUUUGGAAUGAACCUGACGGCACAAACUUUUGGGGCACUUCACAGAACCAAUAUCUAGAGAUGUGGAAACACUCUUAUCAGAGAUUCCGAGCUGAGCUACCAGACGUACUUCUGGUCGGGCCUUCCACGGCCUUCUCGCCAACUGCAGAAAGUGAUUGGUGGCACAAUUUCGCUGCCUUCAUCUCGCAAGAAGAUUGCGUGCCUGAUAUAUACAGUUACCAUCUUCUUGACCCUAACGCCAAUCUGCGCGUUACUUUUGAUGUUCUCAAUGGAUUUCGUCAAACCUAUGGGCUCCCAGAAAGGCCCCUCGUGAUCAACGAGUAUGGAAGUCUAGACGGUGAACAGACGCCAGCAGGUGCUGCCUGGUACAUUGGUCAAUUUGAACGAUACAAUGUUGCUGGUCUUCGAGCAAACUGGGCCGGCGGGUAUGAGCUUCACGACUUCCUUGCCAAUCUCUUGGGCAAAGGCAAUAAAGGAUACUUUCCUGUUGGUGAAUGGCAGGUAUACAACUAUUAUACCAUGAAUAUGACAGGUCAAAGGGUCGCCACGAGUUCAUCCGCCGACGAUGUUUUCGAAGUCUUUGCGACCCAUGAAGACCGUGCCGAUUCCGUCAAGAUCCUGGCGGCGGUCCGACCCGUCGCCGGCAUUCAGUCGUAUGACAUAACAGUCACCGGCCUCUCCACGCUCGGGAUACAAGACUCGGUCAAGGUGCAGACGCAUCGCUACGACGAUGCUGGCUGGCGUACAGAAGUUGACGCGCCAGUGGAUCUGGGAAUUGUUGAGCAUUCAGUCGUGAAUGAUCAGAUUACAUUCUGGGUCACGCCAGAGACCUCAAGCACUGCAUACACCUUUCAGUUUGUAUAG